CCGUUUGAAUACUGUCCACAUUUCUAAAUGUCUUAGCCCUGAAGUAGCCUACACUAUUUUCCUCUUCUGUGAGUGGACAAGCGCAAAUGUAUCGAAAUAUUAUUGCGUUGGUCGUGAUGUCACUUCCACUAAUUCUGAGCCCCCAGAUUUUGGGGCUCGCGACUGACGGUUUGAUCCAUCUGGAAAAUAUUGCAGGGAAGCUCAGCUUCAUUCAGAGAGAAGGAAAUGUGACUUACGUGCGGGACAAGGAGCUGGCCUCGGAGGUUCCAACCGAAACCAAGUUCGAACUGUUCGAUCCAAGGAACACUUUACGCACCGCCAGAUUCACCUAUACCUGGGACUUCGGCAACGGAGAGGUGCUAAAGGGAUCGGAGCCGUCUGUGUACUAUAACUACUCCUCCUCUGGAAACUACACUCUGCGGCUGAGAGUGGUGGCCCAAAUGAACAGAACCUCUACUCCACUAACUGGGGAAUACACCAUGGACAUUACAGUUUUGGACGCCAUCAGAAAUAUUGAGUUGAAGAGCCCUUUGAUAUUCCAGGUUUCCAGAAACAACAGUCUGGCUGUUCAUGUGGAUGGAAGUCCUCCCAUGUGGGUCUGCUGGAGGUUCCUACAGAACUGUGUAUCAGCAACCCCUACAGGCUGUCACCUGACCAUGCUGUAUGAGAACACCAUGAUACUGAACCACACCUUCACAUCUUUAGGAGUCCACUGUCUGGACAUCAGUGCCCGCAACGACAUCAGCAAACUGCAGACCUCCUACAGCAUCUUUGUGAGGAGAGAUCCCUCCAUUAACCUGCUCUUCACCCUGACGUGUGCUGGGAUCAUCUUGGCAAUCCUCGCCUUCAUCACUGUUAUAGCCUGUCGCACUAAGAAUGGACACAACAACAAAUCACAGAUAUCUAAGUCCAGUAACGCCACUUACUCCAGCAUGGACAUGGAACUACAGCCGCAACAGGACAUCCCUGGUAUCACUAGUGAUAUCUAUGUGUCCAGGCCAAAGAAAGGAGAGGUCCAACCCCUUCUGCAGCACGGGACCAGAUCUGUCGCCUACUCCUGCCGCAUCUAGUCUUCAUUUACACACUUUUGAUUUGGGCUUUGUGUUGGACUGAUUCAAGUCAAAUGUUAAUAGUUUGCUAAAAAUGUAUUUUUUGAGAUGAAUAUAUGUCACCAGUGACAUUUAACUAUUAAUUGUCAGUGAUGUAAUACCAAUGUAGCUUACAUUCCUCUGUCUGUGUGGAUUCUAUACUUACACUAUUUUGCCUUUGAUGAUCCCAUCCUCAGACCCAGCCAAAAGCCUGACCUCGAAAACUAAAUAUCCAUCCAAGGGGUUUUAGAGCAGUGGUUCCCAAACUGUGUGUGUGUGUCUGUCAUCAAGGCAAUGUGGCUAUUUGAAGAAUCUCAAAUAUAAAAUAUAUUUUGAUUUGUUUAAAAAAAAUUUGGUUACAAUAUGAUUCCAUAUAUCUUAUUUCAUAGUGUUGAUGUCUUCACUAUUAUUCUACCAUGUAGAAAA